AUGGCUGAGCGACGCGAUUCCUUAGGUAUGAAACCUGACGUCGAUGCUGUCGAGGAUAUCAUCAAGACGCCUUACCACGAAACUCAUGAUGCAUCUGGUACAGUCAAUCUCUACCAAGAUGGAACUGUUGUUCUCGUCCCGACGCCUAGUCCUGACCCCAAAGAUCCUCUUAACUUGCCCGUCUGGCGCAAGUACAUGAUCAUCCUCCUCGUCGGCUUCUACUCCGGCAUCUCAGUCCUAGGAACCUCCGGUCUCGGCUCCGUCGCCCCAGAGCUCUAUGCGCUUUAUCACAACGACAAUGCCAAGCGUGUCAGCGAUUUGCUUACAUAUCCUACUCUCUUCAUGGGGAUUGGCAAUUUGCUGUCUAUGCCUCUCGCCAACGCCAUCGGCCGCCGACCUGUCUUUCUCUUCUCUCUGCUUCUUCUGACGGUUUCUGGAAUCUGGUGUGCUUGCUCAAAGUCGCUUACGAGCCAUAUUGCGGGGCGGAAUAUCUUCAGUCUGGCUGCUGGACAGAGCGAGGCUCUCGCGCCUUUGAUCGUGCAGGAGAUUCACUUUCUGCAUCAACAUGGUGUGAAACUGUCUUAUUUUGUUGGUGUUCAGAACACGCUUACUGCGGCUCUGUUUACGGCGACUACGUACAUCGUUCCAUCGCUUGGAUUGCCUUGGUGGUAUGGUAUCAUGACCAUCAUCAAUGGUUUCACUAUGAUCAUGUCUUUCUUCUUCCUCGCUGAGACUCGCUACGACCGACCCGAAGACGCGACAGAGGGUGCUGUCCAUCUAAGGCUCGACAAGAAUGGCAAUGUAGCCAGCGAAGGUACCAACGAGGUUCUAUACCAAGUCACAACCCGCAACGGCGUUGUUCUCCAGCCCGACAAGUUCGGCGAGAGAACAUGGCGCGACGACAUAAAGUUGUUCCACGGCAAGGCAGACUGGAAGAGUCUUGUCGCCUUCUACAAAGACGUCGGGCUGUCUCUCAUCCUGCCGCCUAUCUUCUGGAUCUUUAUCCUCAAUGGUGCUUUCCUAGGUCUUUACAUCUACCAAGCCUCAACCUUUGCUCAAAUUCUGGUGCAACCGCCUUACAAGUUCAACGGAAAGCUUCUGGGAUAUGUGCAGCUUGUUCAGAUCAUUGAUUGUCUGCUUGCUGUCCCGCUGCUUGGAUAUGGUUCGGAUAUUAUCUGCAAGUUCAUGAGUCGACGGAACAAGGGCGUCUUCGAGCCCGAAUAUCGUCUUCUUGUCUUGAUCAUCCCAGCGGCUUGUGCCAUCAUCUCAGCGAUCGUCUACGGCCACGCAGCCGCCUCGCCCAACGAUUAUCACUGGAUCGCCAUCGUGGCUCCAUAUCAUCUCGGCUUCUUCUCUUUCCUCGGUGCGAACUUGGUCGGAAUCACUUUCGUCAUGGAUAGUUACCCCAACAAGUCUGGGCCUCUUCUUCUCGUUGUUUGCGCUGGUCGAGGCUUUGUCUCAUUCGGGUUGAGCUACGCAACCGUGCCUUCGAUUCAAUCCCUUGGCUAUGAUGGUGCUAUGAACAUUCUUGCUAUUAUCUGUGGUGUUUUGAGCGCCCUGGGUAUUGUCAUGUACUUCAUUGGAAAGCGUGUUCGUGAAUGGGCGCGUCGACGUAUCUGGCCUAAGCAUCACGAGGAGUAG